AUGGAAGAAAUCAAGUUGCCGGCCGGGACGGCGCAACAGAGGAAUACAAUGGAGGAAUACAGUCAACUGGAGGGGAGGAUCGAGAAGAAACUCAACGUGGGAAUCAUCACGUUUGUCCCUGAUCAGCCGUUUGGAAAAAGGUUCGAGUUCGUGGACCUUCGGCGGUGGCCGAAGGUGGUCAGGCAGUUGCAAGAGUCUGGCUUUGAUGUGAAAAGAAGGAUGACGGGCAACAUGAGGAGGACGUUAUUCACAGUCGCAUGGACUUCAAAGGAGCAAUCAUGCUGAUCCACGCUCGGUGGGUAAAGGGUGAGUCAUCUGAGUAAACUGGUUUGAGCCCUGCUGCCUUCAAAACUUCAUGAAAUUGGAUGCGCUUUGGUAUGUAGCCUACUGGGCUCCUUAAGGCAAACAGCAUAUUUGGCUAACUUCAUGAAGGUCCUCCAAGGCCGUUAACUGCCGUUUUGGCUCUUUCUAUGUAAAUUGAAGCUUUAAAAAAUCUUAUGGAAUUGGUUGAGCUUUGGAAAAAUAGUCGAUAAAGAUAUGUAGCCAUUCAAUUAAGUUUUAAUUAAUAAUUGUAUUAGGCUUGUAUACCCUGCAUUGUUAAUCGUCAGUAAAACUUGGAUGUUUGUGGCACCUAUUCUUAGCACAUGUUAAUGACUUUAGUCCUGAAAUGGAUAAAUGAAAAAAGUUGUAAAACAGUGAAAGGGUUGAGCCUGAUGUGCAAGAAAAGCCCCUUAUUCAUGUGGUAAAGUACUGUGGACUUUGGGGUAACUAAUAAUACAGGGGGCCUCAUUUGUUUUGCAGGCGUUGAUCCCGAGUACCUGGAUCAACUCUGCGAGGAGCUUGAACAGGAACUAUCGUCCUGCAAGGAUGCGGAAGCUUGCUUGGGAAAAAACGAGGAAUUAAUCCUGAGGCGCAAGGAGCGAAUCUGUGUUGGUUAUGAGCAGCCAGUGUCGAAUGAUGAUGGGGAGUGGACGGUGAAGCACUGGAAGCCUCUGGACAAGACAAUGGCAGAGAUGAAGAGGGCCUACCCAUUGAGCGACACUGCAACUGAAGAUGAAGUGCAGUUGCGCACUGAAAUAAUAAAAACGGUGGGGAGGGAGAUCACAGAUCAGGGGCGUGACGACGAUCUAGACGGUUGCACCGAUCAGCAGAGCGAUGACAAUGGUGACUGGGAGACUGACACUGAUGGAGAGGCUGCCCGGGGGAUGCGGAGAAAUCUCUCCGCCAAGCAUGGCAGAACCACCGAGCAUCAAAGAGCUGCCAAGCAGCAGAGGAGCGCCCACCUUCAGCAAGCCUCCAAGAACCAGCAAGAGCCUGAGCACCGGCAGGUGGCUGACCAACGGCAGGUGGCCGACCAACGGCAAGCAGUUGAGCAUCAACGAUCAGUUGAGCAUCAGCGCUCAGUUGAGCAUCAGCAAGCAUCAGUGAGUGGUCAAGCAUCAACGAUCGGCGAGCAUCAACGAGCAGCCAUGCUGGAGAUUGCUGCUGAGCUCAGGGAUGCUGGCCAGAACAGUCAUGAAAGUGAUGAAGAGAGCAAUGAUGAUCGGGAGAGCGAACUUGGUCAGGGAAGCAACUUUGAUGAUGAAGGUUUAAACACGGAGGACGAGAUAGCCAUCGAUCUGGCAAGGGAUACCGGCCAUAAAGAAAAGCGGCGGUAAUUAUGCACUUAUUUUAUUAAAAACCUAAAUACAACUCGCAAUACUUCAUUUUUAACUUAAAUAUAAAUUAUUCCGAUUUAAUUUGUUUACAAUUUUUUGACUAUUUGUGCAGACUAAAAGUUGCACAUUUGUAUCAUGUCUAUUUCCUUAUGUAUAUAGGUUUGGAGUGCAAGAAGUUGAUGUGGCGGGCGGGUUUCAGGAAUUUGCUAGGAUCCAACGGGAGCAAGGGGCCAUUCUGCAUGAACUCUUGGAAGAAGCAAAGGGAACAAGGCGUGCAUUACGGAGGAGGAACAUUCUACUGCAGGUAAGAUUGUCACACGUAGCAUUGGCGUUAGCUUACUAACGUUGGCCGUUUGCAGAAGGGAGCAAUAAGGUACAAGGAUAUAUUGGGCAAAUUAAGGAAGAUAGGGCAACAGCUGAGCGAGAUGUCAAGGGUCUCCCGGGGCGGCCAAUUGGACAAAAAUGCCUUGAUCGAAAAUGCAAUUGCCAGUUUCCAAGGGGUUAUGAAGAUCGACGCGUUCAAUGAAAAUGCCCUCAAACUGUUCUCCACGCAACCAUUUAUUGAAGCUCUGUGGCAUUUGGUCGACGAUGGCCUACCUGCAAGAAUGGACCACGACUUUGCGUCAAGGUUUACGCAGGGGUUUUUCUUCACAGUCGUGACGAGGCGGGUCAUCGCUUAUUCUUACUGGGGCGACAACAAAAGGUACCUUUUAUUUGGCCGGGGACCUAUACCAUGGAUACCUUGUAGAGCGUGACAGAAAUUUUCGUGAGGGAAUUUUCCUGACGGAGGAAAGUUGAGUCAUGAGCAUAAUAAAGUAUCAAUUACUGCUAACGGGACUAGAGCUGCUCCACAAUUUAGAUGUCCACAAUUUUAAACGUAACAGUUAGAAGGACCUUGGCCUUAUGUAUGUGUACCGAACACUAAACUUUCCUCCUCAGAAAUGUGAUGUCAAAAAAAUUGUCUCAGGAAAAUUCCCUGUGCCUACUGGAUGCCACGCGAAAUUGUGAAUCACGAAACAUCUCUUCACAUCGCCCCCCCCCCUACCGAAGAUAUCUAGAGUCUAGACACACAGAACACUAGACGAAGAACGAGCGGUCACUCAACUGAUUUUGUUUUACUUCGCAAAUCUGCAAACUAAUGUCAUUAAUAACAGUUGUAACAGUAAUAACAUUAUUUCAAUGACUGCAGCAGACUUAUAGGAUCAUUUCUACGUUGGUCUAUUGCCUUAGGUCCUGCAACACGGGCUGGUACUGCACGCGGUUCUCCGGCGCCCUCAAGCAAGCAUGGCUUAUGUUGGCAAAGAGGGCAUGUUUGACUGGAGGGGAGUUGGACAGAUACCUGUUCGGGAAGCUGAAGGCCUCCCGCCAAUCUCUCUUCGAUGAGCAAAAGAGGAAACGGCAUGUGGCUCUGGUGGCGAAGCACCUCGACGUGACGAAUGCCGAGAUUGCUGUCUACGAGGACAGGCUGUCCUAUUACAAUGACUCGAAGGCAAGUGCAUUGUGUCGGGGCUCUGAGAGUCGUCUGAAAUUUACUUCAUAGCUGCUAAAUAAAAAGCGAAAAUGACGCCGUCAACGGAAAAUGGCAGAAAACUCGCCUAUAUAUAUACUUCCUUGUUUUCGGAGUUUCCUGAUUGAGUAUAAUUGCAACUACAUUUAUGUCUAAAAGUUGCAUCCUUUUAUUGUUCAGUGGUACUGCGAAACCGUGGAGAAAGCCGUCCCCACUCCCUAGUCGUUGGAGCAGCACCUGAAGCACCAAGCGCGUCGCUCGUCGACGAAGUACGCGCCCCCAAGCAAAGUGUUGGCUGUGGAUGAUCCGCACCCUUACCUUGUCGAUGAGUCUGGCCCGGAACUGACCAGCUCUGUGCUGCAGAAUCUCUGCAGGUGCCUGCAAGCUGCUGGGUUCGGCGGGAAGAAAAAGGUUUCUAGCCAUGUGUUUGUGUUUGAAUUUCCAACAUUUUAAGCCUUUAUUCUUUCUUUAAGCAGUCCUCUGGUUCUGCUGCCACGGCCGAGCGGUCGGACAUGUGGUCCGACGCGGAAGAAUCCUGCUCGCCCACGUUGUCUUCCGUGCGGCCAGUCCGAAUGGCAAGGUAUAGUCAUCAGCAGACGUUUAAUUUAAUUCAAGAAAAUACUUUCUGUAUCCUUUGCCAUUGUAGCGUCGCGCGUCUUGCGAAAAUUUAUAAUUUAUAAGAGAGUGUGCAAGUCCAGAUCUAUAUAGAAGUCCAUGGCCGAGGUCUCGUUCAAACCGAGAUUACAGAAAGAAUACAGGUUUUCUGUUUGUAUUCAGCGUUUUGUUAAUGCAGCAGAAGCUUAAAACAGCAAAAUUUGUCAUUGUGAAAAACCAAAACCCGGUUUCAGUUGUCUAUUCUUUUGCAAAUGAAUGGACAGUUCAUAGAUAACUUAGUGAGGGUGACCAUAGAUUUGGGAGUGGGGAUCUCUAUGGGGGCAACCAGAGAUUCUAGAAUUAAUUGUAGAAUCUCUGGCGGGUACUUAUUAAUGUGUUCCUUUUUCUAUGGCAAUAUGUGCGCAGCAACCAGGCUUGCCAGUUUGGCCUUUUUGCGACCAAAUUUGACCAAUCUGGCUUUUUUUUAGGAGUUUGGCCGGCAUAUUUUGUGUUUGGCAUUUGUUUCUAAUGUAGUAAAAUAUAUUUGUAGUUUGAUUUUAUCAUUUUUUAUGUAGUGAGGUUGUUGUUUGGCAUUUUUUCAGGCCCAAUUUGGCUUUUGUGGGAAAGAAAGUGGGGAAAAAAGUGUCGUGGACAACAAAGGAUGAAGAACAGGUUUGCAUCAAAGACCUGGAAGGUUGA